AAGGCAUUCAGUUGUACAACUGACUAGAUCUUUCCCUUAAAAACAUCUACAAUAAAGGGAUAGCCUAGACAUUGAGAAACCCAAUUCGAUUGAAACACUGCUCCUUUUUUUGGCGCUAUGGUAUCUUCUACAUUUCUUCAAGACUGCAGAAUCUGAACUUUGUCUACGCGUCAUAUGUUAUCUUCUCGCAUAUUACUGUCGCACGUAUGUAUGUUCAUUAUGUUAUGGGUUUGUCUGACAAGAAGCACAUCUUUUACGACACUUUUACGCAUUCUGUCCAAUAGGUCUACCCAUAGAGUUGCGCACCUACAUGUUAUGGGGUUGUCUGAUGAUAAGCACAUCUUUUACGACACGUUUACGCAUUCUGUCCAAUAGACCUACCCAUAGAGUUGUGUGCGCAUACUGCGCACCUACAGUGCCCUAUUGAAAUCCACUUGACUGUAAUGUCCAAUUGUGCAAUAGCCUACAAUUCAGUAUUGUUGAGUUGAAUUUCCUAGGUGUGUUUACCUAUCCAUUACCAACGAUACAAGCGCAUAAUAGCAAUAAAUAAUAUCGAGGAGACUGGUGAGAGAGCACACGUAACAUUUUAUUGACGGGCGGGGCUUGCUUGCCAAUUCCGAGGAUUGUAUUUCCUUGCUAGUCACACCCCUAUCCGGAAGAGAAACAGCAACGAAUUCGUGAGAAACUUUGUCAGAUCGACAUCAAGAAGCUACCGCAGGAGAUCAUCACUUUUUCAUACUCAUAUUCAGGACACAACAUGUGGCCUAACCAAGGUCCCCCUGGCCAGAACCCGGCCUUCCCCCCAGCCUACAACGCUGCAUUCCCUUCUGGUCCAAACCCAGCACACCCUCAAGGCCAGAACCCCAUGUACGCACCUGGCACAAACCCUGCUUAUCCCCCCGGUAUGGCCCCUGGUAUGGCCCCUGGUAUGGCCCCCGGUAUGCCCCCUGGUAUGGCCCCCGGUAUGGCCCCCUGUAUGAAUCCAGCCAUGCCUCCAGGAUCCAUGCCUUACGGACAACACCCAGGAGGGCAAUACCCAGGAGGACAACACCCUUAUCCAGCUGGACCAGGUGCACCUGGUUACCCAGGAGUUCACCCAGGGCCCUACCCUGGUGGGGUCCAUCCAGGUGGAGUCUACCCCGGGGGCAUGCAUCCCGGCAUGGCUGGGGGUGUGGCGGGAUUCGGGAUGGGAGUCCCUGGACACAAGGCGCACAAAAAAAUGAAGAAGGCGAAGGGGAAGAAGGCGCACAAAGCCGACAAACACCUGAAGCAUCAUGGAGGCCACAGGAAGCACUCUUCAAGCAGUAGCAGCAGCAGCAGCGACGAGGAGUGAUGUCACCAACAACAUCCAACACAGUGUCAGAAAAACAUCCUUGAAUGAAAUGGGAAAAUGGCCUCUUCUUCUACCUAAAUUGCAACGAGGUUGAAGGAAUGUGUUGGGAUGGGGGGGACUAUUAUUAAGAAUGAAAUGAUUUGAAUAUUAAUUGUAUAACACUAACAAAAGUAUGUAUAAUGAACACAAUUAUGCCUUCAUAGUCUUAACAUUUAGGGAUAGGCCUAUGAAUGUGUGCACAGUCAUGAGGAUAUGCACUAUCAUGUAUAAUAUUAUGCCUUUACACUGAUGAGAAGUAAUAUUUCAAAUGGUUGAUUAUAUUUCCAACUAUAAAUAAUAUAUAGGCUAUAGCUGAGCGAGUGAGAGAGAUGUGUGGAAUUUCCCCAGUAAAAAAACAAAUAAAUAUUUAUUUUAAUACUGGAA